CUCCCCCCGAGACCCCUUCGACCCCAAGCAAGCAAGAUGAGAAACGAGUGCUUUACGGUGGACGCCCUCCCUGUUAUCAACGGCGAUCACAAGCUCUGGAAGCAUUGGCUGUCACAAAAAGCACCAUCCUCUGGCUGGUAGACCGGCAGUAACUCCGAAAACUUCUCUUCUUUGGCAGAACUACCGUCAUGUCGUCUUCUACGGUUAGCUCUCCUCCUGAACCUGCAAGGAAAAAGCAGAAACCCUCUCCUGCUAUUGAUGAGUUCUUGAAUCAAACAGAGAUCUGGGUGAAUGAAAUCCUCCCCUUCGUCGGUAUGGGGAACUAUGCGUUUGUAGGAGCUGUCAACAAGAAACUCAAUAGUCUCUACAAGGAAUAUGGUGAUACCGUCAAGGAUCCUCCGUUGGUACGCACAAUCGACGCUGAUUCGCCUUCAUUGGUAACGGAUGGGAAUAGGAUAGAUUGGGUAGCAGCCACCAGUACUCACACAUACUACCGGGCUGCAUUCUACAAUGUGCCAUGUGCUCAAUACUGGUACAACCAGCACUGGAACAUUCAUGACACGUUGGCAUGGAAUCAAGUUUGUACAGUGAUUGCCAGAAAUGGCACUCUUCCAGUGAUGCAUUGGAUCCAUGUUAACGAAGGCUUUGAAUUGGAUUCUGAUACCUGUGCUGCUGCCGCUGCUAGAGCUGGUCACCUUGAUAUCCUCAAGUGGCUGUAUCGGAAUGGUUGCUCUAUCAGUGAGGAAACAUGCCAAGCUGCAGCUAUAGGUGGUCACAAAAGAAUUCUGAAGUGGUUGCGCAAGAAAGAUUGUCCCUGGGACAGGUUGACAUGCAAUUUUGCGGCUCAACAUGGCCAUUUUAAAUUAUUGAAAUGGGCUGUCAAGAAUGGCUGUCCAUGGGAUGAGCAGACUUGCAGUGCAGCGGCACAAGGUGGCCAUCUUGAUAUUUUGAUUUGGACUGUUGAAAAUGGACAAGAGAUGGAUUUUUUGGUUUGUCCCAGUGCUGCAUCUGAAGGUCAUUUGGAUAUAAUGAAAUGGGCAAGAGCAAAUGGAUGUACAUGGGAUUCAUUCACAUGCUCUGAGGCUGCUAGAGAUGGCCAACUACACUGUCUGAAAUGGGCCCACGAGAAUGGCUGCCCCUGGGAUGAAGGUACAUGCUCAGCUGCUGCUGAAGGAGGCCAUUUAGAAAUUGUCAAAUGGGCACAUGACAAUGGGUGCCCUUGGAAUGCCUACACAUGUGCAGGAGCAGCGGCUUCUGGAAAUCUGGAAAUUUUGCAAUUUGCUCAUGAAAACGGCUGUCCAUGGGAUACAAAGGCGUGCAGCUCUGCUGCUGUGUGUGGCCAAUUGGCCGUGCUGAAAUGGUUGAGGGACAAUAACUGUCCAUGGGAUGCAAGCACAUGUGCCUUGGCUGCGAUGGCAGGUAAUUGGGAAACUCUGAAGUGGGCUCAUGAAAAUGGAUGUCCUUGGGAUGAAGAUACUUGUGCUGAAGCUGCUAAAAGGGGCCAGUUUGAAAUUUUGAAGUGGGCCCGGGCGAAUGGAUGCCCUUGGGAUUCAAAAACAUGCCAUGCUGCCCUUCAAAAUGAUAAUUACGGGAUUCUUAAAUGGGCACUUGAGAAUGGAUGCCCAGAUCCAUUUGAAGGAGCAAUUACGGCUAGUAGAAUAGACGGGUGGCUAGCUAGAGGUGCAGGAUCCUCAAAUGAAUAAUAGGGCGUGCGUUCCUAUAUCGUCACUUCUAGCUAGCUGCUAGCUAUAUCUUUUUGUAAAAACUUGCUGGUU